AUCUAGAUGGAAUAAAAGAAAAGUUUAAUAGAUUUGACUACUUUUUAAGUGUAUGGCAGAAAUACACCAUAUACAAAGUAGAAAAGCAACUAACAAGCUGGAAGUAAAUAUUUGCAACAUAUAUAACAUAAAGGCCUAAUAUUGUUAAUGUAUAAAGGAUACUGAAAAUGAGAGUGAGGACCAACAACCCAACAAAAAUGUGGAAAGACAUGAAUAAUUUACAAUGAUAUUUAAAUUGUCAGAAAAAUGCAAAAUAAAAUGCCAUGAAAUACUACUACUCACCUAUCAUGUUAGUGAAAAUGAAAAAGUAUAUCCAACACAUAUUGGAAAAGGUGUGAAGAACCAAGCACUCCUAUAUGCUGGUGGGAAAGCAAAGAAACGGAUCUAAGGCUCAGGGGGAGGGAACGGCCUGGAGAUGGAGAUUUGAGAAUCAUCUGUGCUUAGAGGGAAAUGAACAGAAAUCUCUCAGGGAGAGAGAACAUGUGGACUGAGAGAAGAGGCCCAGGAACACAGCUACUCAAGGUGUGCUUAGAGGGAAAUGAACAGAACUCUCUCAGGGAGAGAGCACGUGUGGACUGAGAGAAGAGGCCCAGGAACACAGCUACUCAAGGUGGCAGCGCCGCUUCCUGGCGGGCACUACUGCCUGGGCUCUGGAGUCAGGCAGAGCCGGUCUUGAAAGCAGCCUGUGGGACUCAGUUGCUGAGCGCUCCUGGCAAAGUCGGGUACCAUCCCUGUGAUCAGCGGUCACACCUGGCAAUGACGUACAUCGCAGAGGGAUGCUGUGCGAGGACCUGAGAUGCGCCAGGUCUGUCUGUCUGUCCCCAGCAUUCUGCAAGGCUAGAAAAGGAGGAAGAACCUGUCCAGAAUUCCUGCAGGACAAGGAAAAGAAGGGAAAAUCUCAACAUGGAAAAACUCUACAAUGAAAAUGAAGGAAAGCUGGAAAUCGAGGGAAUGCCAGAAGAUGAAGUAGAGCCUGAAGAUGAAGGAAAAUCAGAUGAGGAAGAAAAGCUGGAAAUGGAGGGGAAGCCAGGGCAUGAGGGAAAGCUCCAGAAUAAGGGACAGCCAGAUGAUGAGGGACAACCAGAAGAUGAGGGAAAGCAAGAAAAGCAGGGCAAAUCUGAAAAUGAGGGAAAACCACACGGUGAGGGCAAGCCAGAAUCCCUUGCAAAGCCUGAGGGUGAGCCACGGGCUGCCGAAAAGCGCCCAGCUGAAGAUUACGUGCCCAGGAAAGCAAAAAGAAAAACAGACAGGGGGACAGAUGAUUCCCCCAAGGACUAUCAGGAGGACUUACAGGAAAGGCACUUGGGCAGUGAGGAGAUGAUGAGAGAAUGUGGAGAUAUGUCAAGGGCUCAGGAGGAGCUAAGAAAAAAACAGAAAAUGGGUGGUUUUCAUUGGAUGCAAAGAGAUGUUCAGGAUCCGUUUGCCCCAAGGGGCCAACGGGGUGUCAGGGGGGUGAGGGGUGGAGGUAGGGGCCAAAGGGGUUUACAUGAUAUCCCAUAUCUUUAAUGCCUUUGGCCUUCAAUUUUAACUUCUCUAAUGAGAAAAUUGCUGACCCUGCUUUCCCUGGCAGGCAUAUGCCAGGCUAUGUGCUUUAACCUUAAGCUGAUAUUUUGCUUUAGGUGUCACUCUUGUUACCAGCAGCCUUUUGAUCCAACUACAGUGUUCUCUGUCUUUCAGUAGGGGAUUUUCACCCUUGUGCAUGGAAGAAAUGUUCAUGGUACACUGUAAAAUAACAAUAAAGAAAAAACAGUUUUCAGAACCAUA